GCGCAGUGGCGUGUCCUCCUGCUCCCUCCUCCACUGGCGAGUGGAAGAAACGGUUGAGGGUCCGGCGGAGGCCAGAAAAGGCCUCCGUUGAUAACUGGGGGGCUAGUGGUAGUUCAGUACGGGAGGUUAAUCAUUGUAUUACAGAGAGUAGUGUUAUACAGUUGUAUAGUACACAGGGAAAACUCUUACAUUGUUGCAAUAGAGAGAGAAGUCAUACUUUGGAGUGCAAUAUAAGGGGAGGUAAAAUACAGCGUGAUGAUAUUUUGGGAAGUAUAGCACACAGGUCUAAUACACAUAGUAAUGCGAUAGAGGAUCCAGGUAUAGAGAGAGGUGUAAUGCAAAGUUCUAUUACUCAGGGUUGUAUUAGAGAGGAAAGUUUAAUACAGAGGUGCAGUACAAAGGGAGAGGUAAUUAGGUGUGGUGAUGCAGAAAGAACUAUUCUGCAGGGUCCCAGUACAUUCAGUGGAGCAGUGCAGACUUCACAUAUAGAAAGAUGUGUAUUACAGGGGUCUAAUACCGAGAGAGUAAGAAUAGAGGGUACAAUACAGGAGUGCAAUACGGAAAUAACACAGAUACAGUUGUGUAAUGCAGAAGGAGGGGUGUCUGGGAGUACAGAACAGUCUAAAAUAAAUGGAGGUGUUAUAUCAGAGCACAAUUCAGGAAGAGGGUUAAUACAACAAAACUAUAUAGUUAAUACAGUACAGAAUAUACAGCAGUGUAAUAUAAAGGAAGGUGUAUUGCAGAGGGUAAAUGGGUAUAAUGCAGAAGAGGCAGUGUUAAGAAGUACAGUACAGAAAAUACAGCAUUAUAAUAUUGAAAAAAGGGUAUUGCCAACCACAGUACAUGAGUAUAUUGCAAUAGGAAGUGCAGGGCAGGGUAUAAAGGGGUGUAGUUCAGAGAGAGGAGUGUCAAACAAAGUUCACAGUAUACCUUUAAGAAAAGGAACCACCUCUUCUCCAGCCAGUGAAGUGACACAGAGCGUCUCACUGGAACAAGAUUUAGAGGAUGUUAGUGCAUCGCUGAGUGUAAAAGAGGAGACUACUACAGAUAUAUUACCUGGUACAACACAACAGAUACCAACAUACAGAGCUGGCACAGUCCCUUGUACUGGCACAGGACCAAUCACCCCAGCUCCUGAGAUGAGACUGGAUGUUCAAGGAGUGGGGAUCAGAAGGGAUAUGUCCAGAGGAAGAGGCUCGGAGGCAAGCAUGCCUGGGAAGGAGAAAAUAUGGGCUGAGGACUCAGGGAAAGACAGCUUGGUCACUCAAAGAGACAAUAACACAAUUCUGGAGCAACAGAGAGAAAGUCUGAGUAGCAUAGAUGGGUGCACUGUUCAAUGUAAGAAGACUGAAAUUACUGAGAGAGACAUAAAGGGACUAAUGGUGCAUGAGAGAGAUCACGUGUGGAAUAAAGAGAUGGCAGAACAUACCCAAAAAGAUAGUUCAUGGAGGCAGGACUCCCUGCAUAGCGAAUGCACAUCAGUGUGUAAGAUGACCAAAGAAUGUGACAUUCAGAAAUGCUGUAGAAAAUCUACAGAUGAGAGGACUGCUAAGUUAGAUAGCUGUGGUAUGGGUUUGAGUAAGAGAGACUGCUCAGUAACAUCAAGAGUAGAUAACCAAUUGAGACUAUCUGAUACCAUUCAUGACCCCAAUAAGGAACAGUUAAUUGGAGAUUUGGGGGUUUCAUGCUUAAAACUGACUGUAACACCAGCUGACACAGAAGCUGUCCUGGUGGCCACUUCUAGAAGAGAUUGUCCUUUGUUGAGGAGUGGACCUCCACACAUUGAGUUUAGGCUGCUGCCAGGACGGGAGAGUCAGGCACCAGUUGAAGUAGCCCCUGACACCUAUAAUUAUUCUAUUCCUCGGUUAAUUGUCACCCGCGAUCAUAGCCCCAACCGCUGCCUUACUGUUUCUCCCUCUCUGAAUCCUGAGACAAUUUGUGGCUUGGAUAUACCCCAAUCUGGCGAAGCAGAAUCUCCCUGUUCAGACAGUGGUUGUGGAGGGUCUCCUGUCCCUUCCAUCCUCCUGCGUAAGCUUUCCAGCUCUUCUGGCCUUUCCUCUGCAUCGUCCUUUGAAGAGUCAGAGGAUGACUUUGUGGGCAGCGAUGUAGAACCUAAUGGACAGCACUUGCAUCUCUUGGUCUGCAGUCCAGAUGACCCAAUCUCUGCUAACCGGUCCUGGAAGAAGCUAAAGACCAUGGUCCACUGGUCACCAUUUGUGGUGUCCUUCAAGAAACAAUAUCCAUGGAUUCAGCUUGCUGGGCAUGCAGGUAAUUUUAAGGCUGGCGAAUACGGCAAGAUUUUAAAAAAGUUUUGUGAGUGUGAGCAGCAAUGCCUCGAGUGGCUCAACCGCGAUUGCCUGCGAGAAUUUGUCCCUGGGUACUAUGGCGUGGUAGAGAAAGAUGGUGAAACCUACAACCAGAUGGAAGACCUCCUCUCAGCAUUUGAUUCGCCUUCUAUCAUGGACUGCAAAAUGGGAGUCAGGACAUAUUUGGAAGAAGAGCUGGUAAAAGCACGGGAAAAACCCAAGCUCCGGAGAGACAUGUAUGAGAAGAUGAUUUCCGUAGACCCCGAAGCCCCCAAUGAGGAGGAACACAAGCAGAAAGCCGUCUUAAAACCACGAUACAUGCAAUGGCGAGAAUCGCUCAGCUCUACAGCAACACUAGGCUUCCGGAUAGAAGGAAUAAAGAGAGCAGACGGCACGUGUGAUAUGAAUUUCAAGAAGACAAAACAUCGGGAGCAGAUAAUGAGGGCGCUGGAAGGCUUUGUUGAAGGGAAUAAAAAUAUUUUGAGAAAUUACGUAACCAGAUUGAAAGAACUUCGCAACUUGCUGGAAAAGUCAGAGUUUUUCAGAUGUCACGAGGUGGUCGGCAGCUCACUCCUGUUUGUCCAUGACUCUUCAGAGCUGGCCAAAGUUUGGAUGAUCGACUUUGGAAAAACUGUACAGCUACCUUGCAAGCAGACACUAAACCAUCGGUCUCCAUGGGUGGAAGGGAACCGGGAGGAUGGAUACCUCUGGGGGCUGGACAACCUCAUUAAAAUAUUUGAAGACCUGGUGCAGGACUGAGGAGAUGCAACUUAAAAAAACUAUUGCGACUUUGUACUUGCUCCCAUAAUGCACUGCGCCAAAGGGCAUACUGGAACACCCUUAUUUGUUCUGCUUGUUGUCACAUUUGGCCUAUAAAAGGCUACUAGCAGAUGACAUCCAAAUUCACGCCCGAUGGAAUUCACUCUACAGAAUAAUCUCAUUUUUAACUGAAUGUCAUUUUAAGCUGUUAUAUAAUUAUUUUAUUUAAGUUUGUAUAUUCUUUGAGAACACUGGAAAUAUUGUACAUAGAUUUUAAAGCUAUAUUGUUAGCAAGUUUAUCUCUUCUUUUUUUAAUGUAUAUAUUAUUUUUUAGUAUUGCAAUUUUAAAACGAUUGGAUUUGUGGUGUUUUUUUUAUAUAUAUAUUUUUUAAUGCACUCCACCUUAAUAAGGUGGACAUUUUCUAUUUUGUUCCAAUGACCUCUUGAGGAACCGCAACAAUUUUUUUUAAAAUUAUUUGUUAACCAAAGUAAAUGGGACUGGCAAGAAAUGUCAGUUAAAAUGCUUCUCGCGGAGCUUAAAUGUGCCUACUGGUUAUUGUAACUCAGCAGUAGUAUUUUAUUUUCAACAUUAAUCUCCAAGCAUGGUCAUAGUUAAAAGUGUUUGGGGGGUCAAAUUCUGUCUCGUUAUCAAAAUAAUGUAAACUGAUUAACGUUCUCUCCAAUGUGUUUUAUACCCUUAUGUUUACUACUGCAUAAAAUUACACUACCACUGUUAUCCUUUUGAAAUAAUUAUCUAUAUUUCUUAAGUAUUUAAAGAAUAUAAUAAAUGUUCCAUUUUGUCUUAUUUUAAAGGGAUACUAAACCUAAUUUCUCCUGUUAAGUGUAGUCAGUCCACGGGUCAUCAUUACUUAUGGGAUAUUAACUCCUCCCCAACAGGAAGUGCAAGAGGAUCACCCAAGCAGAGCUGCUAUAUAGCUCCUCCCCUCUACGUCACACCCAGUCAUUCUCUUGCACCCAACUAAUAGAUAGGAUGUGUGAGAGGACUUUUUCCAAAUUUUACAAAUUUGACACUUUUGCUUCUUCGGAGGCUGUUUUUGGGAGAAAGGUUCUUCAGGCAGUGGUUCCUUCCGUAUAGAGAUCCUGCCUGUCCCUCCCGUCAUCCGUAUACUUAGCUUUGGUAUUGGUAUCCCAUAAGUAAUGAUGACCCGUGGACUGACUACACUACAGGAGAAAGGAAUUUAUCAGGUAAGCAUAAAUUAUGUUUUUUUUCUUUAAUGAUUCCGAUAGAGCAUGCAAUUUUAAGCAACAUUCUAAUUUACUCCUAUGAUCAAUUUUUCUAAGUUAUCUUGCUAUCUUUAAUUAAAAAGCAGGAAUGUAAAGCUUAGGUUCAGCACCCUGGAUAGCGCUUGCUGAUUGGUGGCUAUAUUUAGUCACCAAUAAGCAAGCGUAACCCAGGUUCUGAACCAAAAAUGGUCCGGCUCCUAAGCUUUACAUUCCUGCUUUUUGACUAAAGAUGGCAAGAGAACGAAGAAAUUAGAAAGUUGCUUAAAAUUGCAUGUUCUAUCUGAAUCAUUACAGAAAAAAAUUAGGUUUAUUAUCCCUUUAACUUUCUUCUGCAUCCUGAACUAUGUUUGCUGUUCGCCUCCCUAUUACAGCUAGCUAAAUCACAUGGUACAGUUUCAAGAUUGAAAGGGGGCAGAACCAACAUUGGGUCCCAGAACUGCACUUUUAUACAAUAUGGUGCAUGUUGAAGGAAGUUUAAAUAAGACAAUUUGUUACUGUGAAAUGACAAUCAAAAUAACAGUAUUCCCUAUAAAUAAACAGAUAUAGUGAUGCAGCAUUAAAGGGUAUAUGGCCGUAUAUGAUUAAGAAACAUAAUACAAUGGGGCAUCAAUUAAUAACACUAUUAACCCUUACAUAUAUUACAUGUAAACCAAAAUUAGGAUUUUGUUUAUGCAGAAUAAGUGAUUUUUGUAUCUAAAUCUCUAGCAUUAAUUGUAAAAUAAGUGAAACUUUCAGGUAUGUGUGGUUUAUAAACUACACAUUACUAAACACUGUGUAAGUAAUAGUGUUAAUAGAAACAAGAUAUUAAUCACUUUCUUGCGCAUCCUGGUCAUAUUGACUAUUUAGCCAAGAAGCUUUAAGGCCGUAGAAGUCUGACGUUGGGAACUUCACAUUCUAGCUUGUACAUAGUUGUGGUAACAAAGUUAAAUGACCAUAUUUUAUUACUUUUAGUAUUUUUUUGUAAUACUAAAACGACUAUGGUUUUCUGGAUAUAAUGUAAUAUUUUUUUAUGGUGUGCGUGAAGAUCCAACACUUAACUGGAAAAUAGCGUUUAUCCCCUUGGUUAAAGCACAUUGUGUUAUGGCAAAGAAAGAGUUAACUGUCUUAUUACCAACAUAAAAAGGUCGGCUGAAAAACUGAUUUUCAAAUUUAACUAAGAACCCAACAAACUGAUCAAGCACAGGAGCCAACCAAAAAAAAUAAAAAAGAUGGAGCCUAGCAAGUUUUUGUAUAUGGAAUGAUCUAAGUAAUUAGGCAAUUAACUCCAUGGCUUUGUCAAUUCCUCAUUUAACCCCUUCACACCCUUAGGACGUUCAAUGCCGUCCUAACUGUGCUGGGCUUUAGCGUCGUUAGGACGGCAUGGAACAUCCUAGCCGCUUGGCUGUCCUGGAGCCAUAGCGGCUUGGUAAAUGGAAUUGCAGGCUGGAGGGCGUGCCUAGAGUCAUAGGCACUCCUACCUGACACAAUCCCAUCAUUUAACCCCUUGAGUGCUAAUGACAGCUCUGAGCCGUCACAGAGUUUCCCACUCUGGUGCUAAUGACGGCUCAGAGCCGUCACUAGCACUCUCCCAACUUGAGGGAGAUCUGGGGGCUCCCACCCGUUCCUACCCCAGCGAUCGGUGCUGUAUAAUGACAGGCAUCGCCAGGGCUUCCCGUUUUGCGUGGUGACGUCACACGCAAUAACGUGAUGACGUCACUGCGCAACUUUAUUUAACAUUAACAAUGUUAAAUAUAAGAGCAGGGGGCAUGCUGCUUAGAAGCCUGUAUCUCAGGCAUCUAAGCAGCUACAGACCCCCAAGACCCACCAUUGGAAAGGUAAUCACCUAACCUUUCCAACAGUGUAAGUCUUGGGGAUCUGAAAUAAAUAAAAUAAAAAAGUAAAAAAACCCUUUAAAAAACCUUAGCACCCUGGUGGGAAAGUGCUUAGCACUCAAAGGGUUAAAUCACACGAUCGCAUGGCCUAUCGCGUGAUUUCAAUUUUUACUUAUUUGUUUACAUCGGGUGUAGACAAAUAAGUCCCAGCGGGAAAGGGUUAACUUACUUAGACUGGAAGAAGAUAAAUAUUUGGGUACUGAUGCAAAUUUUCCUAUUAUGGUGAGAUGGAAGACCUUUUGCAGUGUUAAAGGGACGGUAAUCAAUUCUUGCUUUUGUAUAACCUGCAAAAAGUAAAUGGUGUAACCUGCAAACAGCAUGUUUAGGCAAUUUGCAGCAGUUUGAAAACUGGUUACAGAGUUUACUUUUUGGCCUCUCUACACUCUGUGCAAACUUUAUACUAAAGCAACACGUGUUUAAAGGGAUAGGAAACCCAAAAUAAUUAUUUUGUGAUUCAGACAAAGCAUACCGUUUUAAAGAAAGUUUCCAAUUUACUUCUAUUAUCUGAUUUUUUUAUUGUAACUCUUUGUUGAAUACAUGGCAGGAAACAGUGCUGCCAUCUAGUGCUCUUGCAAAUGGAUAGCAUUCUUACAAAACUGCUGCCAUAUAGUGCGCCAGACACGUGCACACUCCUGGGCUUAUGUCCCUGCUUUCUUUCCAAUGGCAUGAAGAGUCCAAGAUUCAAUUACUAGUGGGAAAUCAACUCCUGGCCACCAGGAGGAGGCAAAGACACCCCAGCAAAGCUUAAGUAUCCCUCCCACUUCCCAUACUCCCCAGUCAUUCUUUGCCUCUGUACAAGGAGGAAGCGAAGAUAGUGCUGUGAAGAAAAAUUGAACUAAGUCCUUUAAUAAGUAACUUCCCUUCAAGUAGGACUGGGGUAAUGCUGUGUCCAUGUAAGAGUUUUGGUAGCUGUUAGAGGUCGCAGGGAGGGUUCUCUAUUACAAUAAAUACCAAGAGUAUAAUGAAAAUGUUUAAAAUUGCAUGUUCUAUCUGAAUCUUAAUAUAAAAAUAAUGGGUUUCAUGUCCCUUUAAUGUUCUUUUAUCUCUGGCAGUAAAUAUUUUGAUGGUCGUAUCGUAUUUGAAAGCAGAAAUGGUCAUUUCUGGCGUUAUGUUUUUAAUACAGAUAAACAUACUUUAGGUCUCUAAAACAGGUUUUCUGUUAUCCUCCGCCAUUCCAACAAUGUAUUUUCUUGCUGUUCUUAGAGCAAUAAUAUUUCAUAUGGAUAAUAAAACGAAAUCCAUUUUUGUUAACAUAUAUAUUGUUUUGGAUUUGCCCUGUUAUAUAUAUUUUUAUAAUAAAAAAAAAGGAAAACAAA